AUGAUGCCAAGGAUCGUGUCAGUGCAAUCAUUGAAGGAAAUGGAGAAAGCAAGAGUGUCCAGAGAACCUCCGACUGGAAAAACGUAUCAGAGAGCAUUUCCUGGCCAUGCAGGAGAGGAAGAGAAACCCCAAGCAUUCCGCACAAGAAGAGAUGGAGGCAGCCAGGAAGGAAUUAGAGAUGGCCACCUUGCUUCAAGCAGAAAUAUUACAGAGAAAAAGAGAACAAGAUACACCUCUGGAAUACCGCUUUUCUGCCUUCACAGGGGAAAUUUCCCCUACCACCUCACCGGGAGGAAAAGCUCAAAACAUCUUUGCAAUGACAAAUUA